UCCGCCCCCGACUCCUUCUCUUCUCCACAAGAUGGCUACACCGACGGUACCGGCGAGUGCCCCUACAGCCACGCCAGCUCCAGCCCCGGCUGCGGCUCCAGCUUCAGCCCUCACCCCGGCCCCGGCCCCGGCCCCCGCUCCGGCCCCGGCCUCUGCCCCAGCGACUGCGCUGGCUUCUGCCCCAGCGCCGGUUCCAGCUCCGACGCCCACUCCAGCCUCAGCCUCAGACCCCGCGGCGGCAGCGGCGGCAGCGGCUCCGGCCGCAGCUCCGGGCCAGCCCCCGGCCUCAGUACCAGCCCCGGCUCAGACCCCGGCGCAGUCGCUGCCGGGCCCUGCUCUCCCAGGCCCCUUCCCCGGAGGCCGCGUGGUCCGGCUGCACCCCGUCAUUUUGGCCUCCAUCGUGGACAGCUACGAGAGACGCAACGAGGGUGCUGCCCGAGUCAUCGGGACGUUGCUGGGGACCGUUGACAAGCACUCAGUGGAAGUUACCAACUGCUUCUCAGUGCCACACAACGAGUCGGAAGAUGAGGUGGCUGUUGACAUGGAAUUUGCUAAGAACAUGUAUGAAUUGCACAAGAAAGUCUCUCCAAAUGAGCUCAUCCUGGGCUGGUAUGCUACAGGCCAUGACAUCACAGAGCACUCCGUGCUGAUCCACGAGUACUACAGCCGGGAAGCCCCCAACCCCAUUCACCUGACCGUGGACACGAGCCUCCAGAACGGCCGCAUGAGCAUCAAGGCCUAUGUCAGCACUUUAAUGGGUGUCCCCGGGAGGACCAUGGGGGUGAUGUUCACACCUCUGACAGUGAAAUAUGCGUAUUAUGACACUGAGCGCAUAGGAGUUGACCUGAUCAUGAAGACUUGUUUUAGCCCCAACCGGGUGAUCGGACUCUCCAGUGACUUGCAGCAAGUAGGAGGGGCGUCGGCUCGCAUCCAGGACGCGCUGAGCACCGUGCUGCAGUAUGCAGAGGACGUGCUGUCUGGAAAGGUGUCAGCUGACAAUACCGUGGGCCGCUUUUUGAUGAGUCUGGUUAACCAAGUACCCAAAAUCGUUCCUGAUGACUUCGAGACCAUGCUCAACAGCAACAUCAACGACCUGCUGAUGGUAACCUACCUGGCCAAUCUCACGCAGUCCCAGAUUGCCCUCAAUGAAAAACUUGUAAACCUGUGAACAGACUCCAGGCUGCAUUCCACCGCUCUGGGCCAGCACCAGGACUCGGCAUGGAGUGAGGUGGAUGGUUUCCUUGGCUUGAGUCGCUCUGUUUCUGACUAAAUAAAUAUAUACUAUCUUUUA